AGUCGGCCGUGUCACUGGCAAGUGAGUAACGCCAUUUUCUGUGUUUGCGGAUAGUUAUUGCGGACGAUAAAGUGACACAUUGGGUGUAUCGGACGUUAAUUAGUCGGUGUUUCGAGUGUCGGUGAAAUGUUUGGAUACCUGGGAAAACGCGGAGCAGAUAUGGUUUCCAGAGAUCGGUGAGUCGACCUUGAAGGCUGAUUGGGAGGCUUGGCCAAGGCCUUCGUGAUGCCACUACCAAAGCGUUUGGUAGAGCCAGUGCACGUUGCACGUGGUACAAUUCCGGACGAUUUUCCUCUGCCAUCCGAGCUAGAAGCAGCGACAAAUGGCACCCUGGCAAAUACUGUGCGACAGUUGUCAAGCCUUUCGAAACACGCCGAAGAUCUCUUUGGGGAACUGGCCAGGGAGGCUCAUGGACUCUUUGACCGAGCGAAUUCUCUCCAAGCUCGAAUUGACAGGCUCGCUGUCAAGGUCACUCAGCUAGACAGCAAUGUGGAGGAAGUUUCGUUACAAGAUAUCCACAUGAGAAAAGCUUUCAAGAGUUCUGUGGUGUUUGAUCAGCAAGUUGUUUCGAGAGACACCAUGCCAACUGUGAUGACGGAAACUUAUCAGCAGUGUGACAAACCGCCUCCACUUGAUAAACUAAAUAUUUACAGAGAGGAUGGCAAAGAUGGUUUGAAGUUCUACACGGACCCAAACUACUUCUUUGUACUAUGGAGACAGGAGAUACUUAAAGAUACUGAAAAAAUGCUGCAUGAUCGAGGGAAAAAGACCGAGUCUGAAUAUGCCGAACCGUUCAGAGAGCCGCAUAGGCCUCGGAACGAAGGAAGUGGCAGCGGAGGCGGCAGGCAUAAAAAGCGUGUGAGGCAGCCUCACAAUACGAGGGAGAGACAACGACAGUUAGCCGUCGGCCAUGGGGAGUAUAUAAUGCCCUCCCAAAAUAUCCAGUAUCGAUCGACUCACAAAAUACCUGACGAAGCAUCACUCGGAAUGGUCAUGACGGAGCAGCGGCCUCCAAGACCAAACAGCAUAGAAUUGAGACGAAGCUAUCCGACCGAAGAGCAAAAUAUGUACAGUCCUCCGACUUCUGAUCAUUACAGGGCAGCAAAUUACGCGGCUCAGGGCUACGAUGAGAAUCUCUACGGUUCGCACUACGCACCUGGCCAGAGCCAGCAUGGCAGUGAAACAUACCAGAGCCCCGGGGGUCAAAGUACCCCCAGCAGAAGUGGCCGGUCCAGGCCUUCGCAACCUCCGCCAGCUCCGCCUAGUAACUCGUCUAGUAAUUCUACCCCGACUGUUGUAUCGGCGAAUAAUACCCCAACUAGAGGAAGAUCCAUGAGCACUGGAAGGGAUACUUUACCUCCGCCACCUCCACCACCUGGUGAAACUAUGUCACCGCCAUCAAUGAAUGGAUCUAUACCGUCGCAUUUACUGAAUCGGAACGGCAGCCGCUCGAACAGUCCAUUGCCAAGUCAUCACUCAACUCCUACGCCGCCAAAUCACACCAAUCAACUUGGCUCCGACGACACCUGUGAUGCUAUGCCACAAGACCUACCACCACCGCCACCAACCCCUGAUCCAACUCCGCCAAGAACAGUAUCGCCUCCUUGCAAUAUUCCACCUCCACCACCGCCGCCUCCUCCACUUCCAGAAUCCAAUGGACUUUUACUGCCGAUGCCCAUGACGAACGGUGACAUCGCUAAAAUGAUUGCCAACAAUCCGCCAAAAUUGACGCCGCCUAAAACCAUGAUCGAUGGACCACAACGAAAGCCUGUCAACCCGAACAUUCCUCUGGUUGAUCCAAGAAACGAUUUACUGAAAGCGAUCAGAGACGGUAUAAAGUUACGAAAGGUGGAAAAGAUCGAACAGAAGGAAGUGGAACGCGUGAAUGCGCUCCACGACGUAGCAUCGAUACUGGCGCGUCGAGUUGCAGUAGAAUUUAGCGACAGCGAUUCUGCGUCGGAAAGCGAAUGCGACAGCGAAGGUUGGGGAGAACAGGAGACGAGUUUGGCGUGACCCCAUAGUUUGCCGCCAACUGCAACUGCCUCUUAGGUAGCCAAUUGUCUCAGGUGAAUUCUUCUGACAAACUCUCUGUUUAAGUCGAAAUACACGAUUGUUGACAAGAAUUAAAAAGAAAAAUGGGGAUAUAAAAAAUAACAAGAAAAAAAACCCAACAACAGCUGAUGUAGGAGUUACGUAAUAAAAUAUGCAAGUAAGUGCGAGUGGCCGGUUAUCUGUACAAUUACAAUGUAAUCAGUGUAAUGGAAAUACACGAAAUUUAUACAUCUCUCCUCGUAUUAUACUAUAUACGGCGAUGGUAUAUGAAUUUCAAUGAUAAAACUUAGAUUGUGAGAGGAUAAAAAUAAAGAAAUUUUAAGGAUCUCAAGGUGGUUUGCAAUUAUGUCCUUUCUUCGCUUGAGAUGCGGUAGCUCGUUGAUCGGAAAUAUUCCAUUACGUGAAAGCAAAAUUCAAAACGUUCGGUAGAGAGUCAAUAAAGCGUUUCUUGCUAACUGCAUGAUGAUAUUCAAAUCCCCAUCUGAUGGUCGGUAAAUUUUCGAAGAGCUAAACAUUGUAAUCAAUAACUAAAUUAUACUUUGGCAAAUCAAUAGAAUUCGUAACAAACAGUAAAUCAACAUAUAAACUCUUGAUUAUAUGUGAUUAAAGGGAUCCGUAUUUUUCAAAUUCAAUCAUAAUAAUUUUUUGAUUUGUAAUUGGUUUCUCUUAAACGUGUUGAUAAUGAAGCGCGAUAUUGAGGAAACAGCGGAAAUUCGAAUAUCGUUCGUAUUACACGGAAUUUUGAGCAAAAAUCAUAAUAUGCAGCCAAACGGAUACGAAUCUACUCACCUUGUAUUUACAUGCUAAUGCCUGUAUCCUAUAUCCCAAAAGUAAGCUUGUAAAAAUCACAAACGUUGUUCUGAAAAAAAAUUUCUUCCAUGUCCUAAUACUUGCAUUAUAAUUGAGUUGAUAAUUUGAUUAACAAAACAAAAUACUCUGCUAGUUUCGUAGAAGUUACUAGCGACUUCAGAAUCCUACAUAAUGUUUCAUUGCACUGAUCGAUAACUUUUCAACAAAAAAUCUUUGAACACAGCUCUACUUUGUUAUACCUGACCUCUUGUUACCUUAGUUAAGCACUUCAAUGAGCGUUUUUAUUAUUAAAACAAAUAUUAAACUCUUGGAACUCCUGCAAUUGGUAUUUAUUUCAACAUCGGUUAAUCGACGUUAGACGAUAUUAUAAACAGUGAGUUUUCAUACUUACGCACAUUUAAUGGUUAAAUGAUGAAUAGAAGUGGAUUGAUGCUGUUUUUUGGAUAAACGAAAAGGCCUCUAUGGCACAUUCCGCAGUAAACUAUGUAUAAUAAUAUGCGUAGAUCAUGAACCUUACUUUAAAGUUGAAUUGUUUAUAUAUGCUAUAAUAAUAUAAUAGGUGAAUGCUUAAUGUAAUUAAAAUUAUUGGAACAGUAUGAAUUACUUAUAAGCCAAGCCAACCUAAAUGCAAAAUAGUUUUUUGAGUUUGUUUUCCUGUUUUUUUCGUUACCUUUCUUUUUUCUUUGUAUACAAGCAUAUAGAUUAUUAAAUGGGGCGAAAAAUUGAUAGAUUUUAAAUGUAAUAGGUAAGAAAUAAAUGUAGUAAUGAAAAUCACUUUGAUUGUAAUGUACGGUUACUUCAAAUUGCGUGAUUUGUGUCUUAGAUGUUAAUAAUAACUUGCAAAUUCAUUCGUGCGCUUUGUCGGACCUUGUAGCAUAUUCAAUGUCCUUAAUAUCCACAAUCCAUAAAUCCGAAAAAAGAAAUUAGGUAUAUCUUCAAUCAUACCAGAAAUAUCCUGAAGCUGAUAUCCUUUUUAAAGUCGAGCCUGUGGAAUUCCGUUCAAUCGACGCAUACAAGGACAUUGAUUACUGAAUUCUUCAUGUUUACGACAUUCCAGAACUAUUUGAAUAAAGAAAAAAGAAUAACAGUUUAUUCAUAAUGAAUGUAAUAAGUGGUACAUUGGAAAUAAUAUUUGAAACUAUAGCGUACUGUGAGUGUAUCAUCAGUUGUGAAAAAAUUACAAAGUUGAACGUAACCGUAUGACAAAUAUGAUGAUAAAGUGUUUCUUAUACAAAAAUCGAAAACCAAAAUACUCCAUUAUGUGUAAGGCGUAGGUUGUAAUUAUAAUGAAAA